CUUUAUCAAAGUCCCCAAAAUAAGCAGGAAUGGGCAGUGACUAGGCAGAGGCUCUACACACCUUUUUCCAUGGAGUAAUUAAGGCCUGCCGCAGAGCGAGAGAGCACUCCCUGCCCAGCUGUGUGAGGGAGAGCUGCCCGCACCACUACUGCCACUGCUACCACCAAGCAUGAAGCUCCUGGGGACUGCCUUCUUUCUCCUAGCUGCACUCUGCGUGUGUGCCCUGGGACAAGCUGAAAUUCCACACACUACCGUCAAUGCUCUUGUAUCAACAUUAAAAUCUGUGGUGGAAGCCGUGACCACAUCCCCUUCACGAGUGACAGCACUGCAGUCGUCAGUGUCAACGACUACUACGGUCAAAGCUACGACUGUGUCUGUCACAACUGGUGUAGGCUCCACGCCUCCUCCAACUACAGCUACACAGAGAACAACAAAAGGUACAACAGUGCAGCUGCCUGCAGAAGUGACCCCUACAGCAAGAAAUGAAGAUGACAACACAACAAGCACUGCUCAAGUGAGCGGAACACAAGCAACACAAAAUGAGAGUGUGGGUGCUCCAUCUACUAAGGGAUCAACUUUGUCUCCUACAACCUCUCCACAAAAAGCCACUUCUGCUUCUGAAACCUCAGACCUUCACGUGAGCACCCCGACAGAGCCAGCAAAUCUAGAUUUUGUCAUCACCAAAAGCAAUUCUGGAAACACCAAAAUGCCAGAGGAUACUAUUCAUUACUCCAGCGUUAUCUUGCCAAUCGUCAUCACGUUGAUAGUCAUCACCCUUUCUGUCUUCUCACUGGUGGCUUUGUACAGAAUGUGCCACAAGAAAACUCCAGAGAGACAAGAGAACGGCACUGAACAGGCCCAGUCAGAUAAAGAAGGUGUCAAACUUCUGUCUGUGAAGACAACCUCUCCCGAGACUGGAGAACAUUCCUCUCAGGGGAAGAAUAAAACUCGGCAGUGUGAUGAUUCCUCUUCACACCUCAGCAAUAAAUACAUGUGAAGCAGCCUGUUUUAUCACAACGUGCAGGAAUGUCCCAUGAAGGUUGCAAUGCUGCAGGAAAUGUGGAGUAGCUGAAGCCUUUUACCAGGCAGGACACUUGUGUUAAUGACCAGCCCUUGACUUCUAAACCUCAAGUGUCUCCUGUCCCUUCUGGAAUGACAUGUGCUUUUUUGAUGGCUUAUUAACUGGUAUAUCAUAUGUAUUUAUUAUUUUCUUAUAUAGUAAAAGCAGGAAAGCUUUCAAGAAGGUUGAAGAGCGUGUUUGCAUAGUAAUUAUUAAAAAUGUUUUCUGCACAUACAGGAAGGAAUAUGUAAGCAUACUUUGUUGAACUAAUGGUAGAUAGGGUUCUUUUAAUUGUAUGUAGCAAAAUACAAACAGGGCCUGACCCUUGAAACAGUACUGGGCAAAUUGCCACUAUGAAAGUUAAUUCAGUGAUUUCCAUGAGACUCCUCACUGUAGCACACACUUCACUUGUCAUAAAUGUUUACAGGAUGGGAUGCCUGGGUGAAAUCCUGAAGUGUGUGCUUUAUUUCUGUGAAGGGGGGGAAUAUACCUUGCACUGAGGGGUUUUCGUUUUCGUUUUUUUUUUUUUUUUUUUUAAUUUUUUAAAGUUCUGUAAAUCGCUGAGUAUGGUCCUUGUAAUAUAGCAGGCAACAUAGUUUAUUUUCUCCUGUUCCUUGGCUAAUCACUGUAUUAUGCAUGCUAUAAAUGUCUCUCCUACAAGCUGCGGUGCACAGUGGGGAUCAGCAGGAUAAGAAAUUCUGCAGCUGAACCCUGUGUUCAGAGUAAUGCAUGGGAUUCCCGUUGACUAUUAAAUAACUCCGGAAGUUUAAAGAGUGUUUCAAGUGAUAAUUACAGACACUUGAUUUGUACAGAGCUGGCACUUCAAAAAUAUCAAGUAGUGCUUCUACCUGCAUGUAUCCUACUUUGCUAGAACUAUAAAUGUUUGAAAAUUAUAUUCUUUUGAGCAUCUCUGUCUCAAUCCACUGACUCUGGCAGUGUGCUGAGAAGCUCCAUCGUUUUAUUGGGGAAUGGAAAGGAGACAAUUGGUGGUGUAAGUGCAGGACCAAGAGCUAGGACAGUAAUCUGAGUUUUGAUACCUACUGAUACAAUGCUUUUGAGGAACUUCUCUCUCCAGUUUCCUUCUCUGGGGCAAGAAAACUUACCUAGCAAUAUGUUAAGAAAUCGAGCAGAUUUGUUAGGUCAUCUUUAUACACAAAGAUAGUGUUUGAUUCCCUGUGUUUGACCAUUGCUCUUAUUUCAUCUAUGAUGGAUCUGAUCCUCUGUCUUAGCAGCACCAAGAUAAACUUUUGAUGAAGUUUUGUAAAAGAUGGGGAACCAGCCAGGGUGCUCCAUGAUGCAGCUGAACUUCUAUGGUUUGUUCAGGUGUUCCUGAAUCACUUGGGUUGCUCUGGAGCAGAGGAGUCUUGAAUGCCUGCUUUGGAAAAGUCAGGUCACUUAAAACACGCUGUUUAGCAUCUGCACCUAGUCAGAUUCCUGAUUGCUGAAGUUUCCUAUGAAAAAAGCAAUCACUGUGGAUUUUCAUAUUGGUCAAAAAAAAAAAAAAUACUUCAUAGAAUAUUGCAUCCUACUGAGAGCAGAAAAGAGCAGAGAAACAUUGUGAAAAAAUGUGUAUGUAUAAAAUUUGUUAAGAAACUACCAUGACGUGUCAA